GGUUUUGGAAGACGACACAGGAGAAGAGCCGCAAUCAAGGUUACGGGAGGUGACACUAGGAGUAUUUACGAUCAAAAAGCGGACGGCCGCACCUAGGGUUCUAGGUUUGCACGAGUUUUGGAAAGUUUGUCAUCGGGAUUGCUUGGCAUUUUUCUUCAUGCGUGGAGUUGUGACGUGGGGAUUGCGGUGAAAGAUCGUGACAUCAGUGAAGGUAGUGCAGCACAUAGUUACGGGCUCGCCUGCAGCGAAGAGUAACGGCGGAACAAGCAGGCAACGUCGAAGCAAAAUAAUACCUUUUUUAGGAAGAUUGAUGACGGACAUUAACGAACAACGGGAGAUCGAGAGGCUGGCUAGUGCGUAUGGAAACAUGGAGAUGGAAGAUGAGGAUGAAUUUCUACAGGUAGAGGCUCCAGCUCCUGGCAGUGAUGAAAUCGGUUGGGCGUUGGUAGGAACAAUCACUUCUGAAAAAUCGGUAUGUUUUUCCUCCUUUCGUGAUACCAUGGCAAAUAUCUGGAGACCAGUCAAGGGUGUCACUAUUACUGAGUUAGGAAAUAGAAGGUACAUGUUUCAGUUUUAUAACGAAAAUGAUAUGCAAAGGGUCCUGGAGGAGCCCCUCGAUUUUUUGAGCAAAACCUGAUUGUACUGGCUAGGUUGCGGCAAAGAGAUUUACCUCUAGAAGUACCCUUAAACAGGGCUGAUUUCUGGUUGCAAAUUCACGAUGUUCGGGUUGGCUAUUUCUCUAUGAAAAAUGCAAUUAAAAUAGGUAACUUUGUGGGAAAAUUCAUUAAAGUGGAUGAAUAUAAUUUUUCAGUCAAAGUGGAAUCCAUUCACGAGGAUAAGGGUAGUAUCGAUCUGACCAGGCCCCUAAAACGGAAACUAUUUUUGCAGUCAGAUGAAGGGGAUAACUUUUGUGUCAGGUUUAAAUAUGAGAAACUCCCUAGUUUCUGUUUUGCAUGUGGUGUCGUUGGAUAUGCAGAAAGGUAGUGCCCACGCUACCCCUAUGGAGUGGGAAAGGAGGGAGAUUUACCAUUUGGACCAGAGCUGAGAGCUGUUAAGGGAAGGGUUAUGUCGAGCGGGAACAAGUGGUUAGUUCCAGUGGGUAAAUGGAAAGAGAAAGCAGGUGAAGACAGUAAUAAGGCAUCAAGGGAGGAUAGCUAUGGGACUCCACAGGAGCAAGAAAAUCAUGUUACAGGAGAGAAGAUUGAGCAGAAGCGUAGGAGGGUUGACCAAGGAGUGAAAGAAUCUAUGCAAGCGGGCAUGGAGAUAGAGAGGGAAUUGGCAAAAAAUGGGGAGGAGACGGGCUACAAUGCCCGCCUGACACGCAAUUGAAGCUUUGGCAGGAGGAUAUAGCAAGGAUGGAAACUAGAGAAUUCCAUCAGCUGCAAUUUUAUUUCUAUUGCGUUUUUUAUUUCAGACUAAAUUUACUCGUUGUUUCUGUUUCACACAAUAAGGGGGUGGGUUCUUGAUUUGCUUUGCGGACAUUAGCCGCAGUUUCUUUGGUUAUUUUUUCAUUAUUCAGGUUAGGUUUGUGGGUGGAAGCGAUAAGGCUUGUAUGGCUGGUAAAAGCUUCGAAGCUCUCACAUGGUUAGCGAAUAGUCUCGCUCUUCUUAGUGUGGUCUAUUCUGUGUCUAGUCAGAGAGUGGGAGGGCCGUUUGGCCAUGCGGAGCCUCAUAGGGAGGUUUGGCAUUUCUUGAUUGUGGGGUUGUUAUCAUCUUUGAUUGCUAUAAUAUAAACUGUUUCCUUUCCAAAAAAAAUGUAUAUAGGUGACACUAGAAGACACCAUUA